CAUUUGGCAAGAGCCUCCAACAUCGCUCUGCAUGCAAAACAGAAAGAGGAAGACAAAAGCAUUACCCUUCCCCCCCCCCCCCCCCCCCCCCCCCCCCCCCCCCCCCCCAACAUUUCUUUUGCCGAAAACCCACUUCAGCUUUCAAUCCUCUCCUUAUUUCCCCUCUCGUCGCUGAUUUAACUAUUGAAUCACUUGUAAGGGCAGCAAUGUGCAUAGCAGCUUUCCUGUGGCAAGCGCACCCGCUGUAUCCUCUGCUUCUCGUGCAAAACAGAGAUGAAUACCACAACAGGCCGACGGCAGCAGUGGAAUGGUGGGCAGCGUACGAGGGAAUUGGUAUUUUAGGAGGAAGAGAUGCUGUGGCUGGUGGAACGUGGAUGGCUUGUUCAAGAGAUGGCAGAGUGGCCUUCCUCACUAAUGUUCUGGAGCUUCAUUCCAUCCCAAAAGCCAAAUCUCGUGGGGAGCUCCCUGUUCUUUUCCUCCUGAGUUCUAAGAGUCCGAGGGAAUUUGCGGAGGGAUUGGCGAAGGAGGCUCAUUGCUACAAUGGGUUCAACUUGAUUCUCUCAGACAUUUCGUCGAACACCAUGGUGUACAUCUCCAACCGGCCGAAAGGUGAAGCUGUUGUCGUUCAGGAUGUUUCUCCUGGCCUCCAUGUCCUCUCCAAUGCAAAGCUCGACUCUCCCUGGCCCAAGGCGCAGAAGCUGGGGCAGGGCUUCAAGGAACAGCUAGUGAAGUAUGGAGAAGGGGAAGUUCGUGUGAAGGAGAUAGCAAAGAAGCUGAUGAGGGACAGAGUUAAAGCUGACAAAAACAGGUUGCCUGGCAUUUGCUCUGUGGAUUGGGAGUUGGGUUUGAGCUCCAUUUUCGUUGAAGUUGACACCCCAUUGGGACGUUACGGCACGAGGAGCACUAUUGCUUUGGCUGUGGGGAGAAAUGGGGAAGUUGGCUUUAACGAGACCUACUUGGAAGAUGGAACAUGGAAGGAGAAAACUGUGAAUUACAGAAUCCAAAGCCAGAAGCUCAGGCAGCUGAUGAACAUUUGAUUCGAGUUACUCAACACUACUGCAUCGUACUAAAUAACAGAGACUGAAUCGUUGUUCAUCGCCCUAGAAUUUAAAUUUUAUCGCCCUAGAAACUUGACCUCAAGUCCUGUUUGUAACCUGUGUAUAUGCAGUGGCGUAGACACUUGAGGUCAAGAAAGAUCUUUGAACCAUUUUAUAUAAAAUAUAUAUACUGCGUAGACACUUGAAGUCAAGAAAGAUCUUUGAACCAUUUUAUAUAAUAUAUAUAUAUAUAUAUUAGCUUUUUUUAAUGUGAUUGUGGAUUGAAAUAAGAUUUUAUUUAUUAU